GUUGGAUCAAGCGUGGUAGGAUCUUUGAAGAAGAAUCGACAUGCACAACCAUCCUACCGACCUGAAGGCGCCUCUGUAUGAUCCUCCGCAUACAGGCCACACGGAAUCGCAAACAUCCUUCCAGUCUAACUACGAUGGAGCGUCUCCACGAACGUCACAUGCGUCCUACUCUCCCGUGGGUUGGUGGCACAGCAUCAUGGCUUGGGACACGCACGUGCUGCUGCGAUACAUGCGCUACAUCAAUGUCAUUCUUGCCCUCUUCCAAGCGCUGACGGGCUUCUUCGGUCUCUUUGAUCUCGCCAUGCUCAACGUCACGAGUUUCCUCAUCGCCGUCUAUGUCAUCAUAUUCGCGCUGCUUCUGUUGGCCUUCGAAUGCCGUUUCUCGUCCAUGGAACCCACGAUUCGCCAACUCUUUGGGUUCCUCUUCACCUACCGUGGCCGCACGGCGUUCAUCUUCUUCGUUGGUUUUAUGAACUUUGGCAUGCGUGACGCCAUGGCCAAGCUAGCAGGAGUACUCAUGUGCACGAAUGCGUUCCUCAACCUGAUUGUGAUGACCUGUCAUCCGUCGUUCCGCAGCGGCGCCCUCCGCGCCGACAUGGACCCCACCACAGGAUACACGGCGGGUGAAGACGAAACGGCUCAGGUGCUCAAGGCCAAUUCGCAUUUGGCAGCCCAAGCUGGGACAUACGCGUUCUCGCAUCUGUCCCCCGACGUCGCCACCCAGAUUGUACAGAAUGCCGUCACCCAGGGCGGCGGGUCCUAUGUUCCACCGACUCCGACGUCAUAAAGAUGAUAUUUUGCAUGUGAUUGGCUAAAACUACAUUUGUAUUAUUUGUCUUGCCGAAUCAAAUCGCGACUGAGAGGAGGAGCGAUGUCACUUCUUCGUCGAUGGGAUAAUGUAAUGGACUUUGUCGAGU